ACCACGUUGGAUGCCGUUAGGCACGCCAUGAGUUGCGGAAGCCGCGGUUGGGUAUUGCUGGUCAGAUGGCAAAUCAGCGUUCAUCUGCCUCGGCCUACAUACCCACAGGAUGUCCCCGCUGGACGGAGAGUCGAUCGGAAUUGUUGGUCGGAUCAUGCCUCACGGGUCGGUGAGUCUUUGGAGUGUCUUCUUGCUGCCCUUAAGCAAGAUGCCAUAGCGGCAAGGUCGACCAUGAAAGAUGAUGGCUGAUGUAUCUCUUCGCCUUUCUCCCUGUCUCGUCCCUGGCGAUACGGUGGCAUCAUGUCGAGUGCAAGAGAUGAGUUUGAGGGUCUUGUGCUUUGUAACGACGAGUCUCCACAACUCCAUCUCCAUUGAUUGUGCUCCGAAGUCCUAACCCUAAUCUGCAGAAUGGUCUUGAACACCGGCAGGUUUGUUUGUUCUCUGCUUGACGAGGUGACUGCCUGAGGAAAUGAUUAGGGGGAUGCCUCCCCUGGUUGAAAUCCUGGGUCCAACAACUCCUGCCAUCAUGCACCCGACGGAGCUAGCGCCACGGAAUCAGCCCGCCCUUCAAAUGUAUCCUGCUCUCAUGAUCAUGCUAUUGUUCUCCGUCCACUGAUGAGCGCCGAGAUCUUUCUGUUAUCUGCAGGGUUAUGGUUCCUCCGUCUUCCUGGGCAUGGUAGGAGUUAUAUAGGCCAUUUAACCGCGUCUGGUGGAUGGACUGGGUGCAUCGGAGC